AGAAUAUAACGAGGUUAUAUCAGAAAAGAAUGAUAGUUACGAACUAUGGAUAAUCUUAUAUUCAUAUUUCUCCUCUCUAUAGGAUUACUUGUUGCAGUCGGAUGUUUGAUGAUGAUUCUCUUUAUUAUUCUCAAGAGAAGGAAGAAAAACAAGUCCAGGCGAGCGUCGGAAAUUCAGAUGACAGAUGGGGACAACAGACAACAUCUGUUACACCAGCAGCAGCAACACAUGAUGAUGCAACAGCAACAACGACAACAACAGUUUCAACGGGGCCAAACUCAGGAGGUUGAGCCCCAUAUAUCUGAAUGUUUGACCUGUAGUUUAAUACAGAUGGGUAGCUCUGUAUCCUACAGUGAUGACUCUUGUCCACAGUGUGGCGCUAACACUACAAGAACAUACAUCGGCUAAACCGGUUUUUAGAUCGGCUAAACCGGGUUUUAGAUCGGCUAAACCGGUUUUCAUAUCGACUAAACCGGUUUUCAGGUCGGCUAAACUGGUUUUGUGAUUGGUGAACUGGUUUCUUAUUUCAGUUGCUAAACCAUUAUUUAGAUCUCCUAAACUGGUCUUCUACAUUUGCUUAACCAGUAUUAAGAUCCCCUAAACUGGUCUUCUACAUUUGUUAAACCAUUAUUUAAAUCUUCUAAACUAGUCUUCUACAUUUGUUAAACCAGUAUUAAGAUCUCCUAAACUGGUCUUCUACAUUUGCUAAACCGGUAUUAAGAUCUCCUAAACUGGUCUUCUACAUUUGCUAAACCGGUAUUAAGAUCUCCUAAACUGGUCUUAUACAUUUGCUAAACCGGUAUUAAGAUCUCCUAAACUGGUCUUAUACAUUUGCUAAACCGGUAUUAAGAUCUCCUAAACUGGUCUUAUACAUUUGCUAAACCAGUAUUAAGAUCUCCUAAACUGGUCUUAUACAUUUGCUAAACCAGUAUUAAGAUAUCCUAAACUGGUCUUAUACAUUUGCUAAACCGGUAUUAAGAUCUCCUAAACUGGUCUUAUACAUUUGCUAAACCGGUAUUAAGAUCUCCUAAACUGGUCUUAUACAUUUGCUAAACCAGUAUUAAGAUCUCCUAAACUGGUCUUCUACAUUUGCUAAACCGGUAUUUAGAUAUCCUACACUGGUCUUCUACAUUUGCUAAACCGGUAUUAAGAUCUCCUAAACUGGUCUUCUACAUUUGCUAAACCAGUAUUAAGAUCUCCUAAACUGGUCUUCUACAUUUGCUAAACCGGUAUUUAGAUAUCCUACACUGGUCUUCUACAUUUGCUAAACCAGUAUUAAGAUCUCCUAAACUGGUCUUAUAUAUUUGCUAAACCGGUAUUAAGAUCUCCUAAACUGGUCUUAUACAUUUGCUAAACCAGUAUUAAGAUCUCCUAAACUGGUCUUCUACAUUUGCUAAACCGGUAUUGGCUGGUUUUUCGAUCAGCUGAGCCGGUUUUCUAAUUGAUACAAUUCUGGGUUUUCACAUCGACUAUAUUGGAUUUUUUACUCUCAGUCAGGGAAAAUUUUAAAGCAAAAGAAUUUAUUGACGUAAACACAGUUUUUUUCCCCUAUUUUUUAUUGUUUCUGAACUUAACCAGUUUUCCAGAUCACCUAAACUGGGUUUCUAUAUUAGCUAAACCUGGUUUUGGGUCGGCAAAACCGGUAUUCAUAUAUGUUAAAUUGGGUUUUAGAUCGACUGUACCAGUCUCAAGAUCAAUUUAUCCGUUUUCAGAUUUUCUAAAUCUGUUAAACAAGUUUUCUAGAUGUAUCGUCCUUACGUACCUAUAUUCAAAUCGCGGCUAAACCGGUUUUUUAGUCAGCUAAACCGGUUUAAAGUCUCAAACAAGGAUACUAAUAAAGAUUUUCUUCACUGUUUAUUGUUAUCUGUAUCUAUACUCCUGUUUCUUUGAUUGUCAAAUCAUAAUUUUCAUUUAAAAUACUCUAUUCGAUACAAAGAAUAAAAUAAAAUCUUCAAAAAGUUUUAUAUCGUUAUUGUAAAUUCUCAUCCUUUGUGAAUGAUUCUUCAUGAUCUAUUUACCAGAAGCCAAAAAGAGAGGGGCGGACAUUGGACAUUUCUCCCGCAUUUAUAAAACUAAAUUCAACUUUAAAUUUGGUAUUUCAUGUAACUAUUCAAUAGUUUAGAAAUCCCCGAAAUAACUGUGAUUGCAUUUAGAAUUAUUAUAAGAAUUGUUAUAAAUAUCCUUUAAAUGUAAAAGUGCGAUAAAAGGUUUCCAAAAGUGCUUAAUAAACAUUUAUCUAUCGUAAAAUGCGACAGGGGGAAAAAUGCAUUUUUGUGAAUUGUUUAAUGCACUUUUUAAUUAUAGAAUUCCUUAAUCAGUAAAUCAUAAUAUAACACUAAAAUUUGUAAAGUUAAGAUGUUGUUCUCAAAUUAUUAAUAUAU